AUGGCUCUUCGACACGCGGCUCAGCGCCUGGCGCAGCGCGCCGCGCCCCUCGCGGGCCAGGCCGCUCGCCCGUUACUCAUCCCCUUCUACCGCCACAUGGCCUCCGACGCCAACCUCCUGAAGACGGCUCUGUACGACUUCCACCUCGAGAUGGGCGGCAAGAUGGUCCCCUUCGCGGGCCACAGCAUGCCCAUCCAGUACAAGGACAGCAUCAUGGAGGCCACCCAGCACUGCCGGAGCAAGGCUUCCAUCUUCGACGUCUCUCACAUGCUCGGCUCGUCCAUGCGCGGUAAGGACGCGAUCGAGUUCGUCGAGUCCAUCGUCGUCGGCGACAUCCGCGGCCUGAAGAACGGCACCGGUACCCUCUCCGUGGUGACCAACGACAAGGGCGGCAUCAUCGACGACACCGUGGUGACCAAGGUGAACGACGAGGAUGUGUACAUCGUGCUCAACGGCGCGUGCAGCGAGAAGGACCAGGCGCACAUCAACAAGCACCUGAAGGCGUUCAAGGCCAAGGGUAAGGACUGCGAGUUUAUCGUCCACGGUGACCGCUCCCUGCUCGCGUUUCAGGGUCCCAAGGCUGUCGACGUGCUCCAGCCCCUGACGGACAUCGACCUGAGCAAGCUGUACUUUGGGAUGUUCACCGAGACGUCCAUCGCGGGCAAGCCCGUGUGGCUGACCCGCACGGGGUACACCGGCGAGGACGGCUUCGAGAUCUCGCUCAAGAAGACCGACACCGUCGCCCUCACGAAGAAGCUCCUCGAGAACCCCGACGCCCGCAUGUGCGGCCUCGGCGCGCGCGAUUCCCUCCGCCUGGAGGCGGGCCUGUGCCUCUACGGCAACGACCUCAACGAGGACAUUGGUCCCAUCGAAGCCGGCCUGACCUGGACCAUCGGCAAGUCCCGCCGCGAGAAGUGCGAUUUCGUCGGCGGCGACGUCAUCAAGGCGCAGCUCGAGACACCCGCGUCCGUCACCAAGCGACGCAUCGGCCUCAAGGUUGGCAAAGGCGCGCCCGCGCGAGCGGGGUCCAAGAUCCUCGCACCCGACGGCGCCGAGGUCGGCGAGGUCACCAGCGGCGGAUUUUCCCCCGUGCUCCAGGAGAACAUCGCCAUGGGGUACGUGCUCAAGUCCCACGCCAAGGCGGGCACGGAGCUGCAGGUGGAGACGCGCGGAAGGAAGAGCGAGGCGGUCGCGACCAAGAUGCCCUUCGUCACCUGCCACUACCACCGCCCGGCGUAAGCGUUUGUCAAACGCGGGACGUAUGGGCCUUAUUAUCAUAGCUGCUGAGAUGUAAUGAGACGGAGAGGCUGGAGGUGU